AUGUUCGCCGCCGGGCUGGCUCCCUUCUACGCGUCCAACUUCAGCCUCUGGUCGGCCGCCUACUGCUCCUCUGCUGGCCCCGGCGGCUGCUCCUUUCCUCUGGACCCCGCCGCCGUCAAGAAACCCUCCUUCUGCAUCGCGGACAUCCUGCACGCGGGUGUUGGGGAGCCCGGGGCGACCCCUGAGGGUCUGGCGGGGGCCUCGGCUGCUGCCCUCACCGCGCACUUGGGAUCGGCUCACCCGCACGCCUCUUUCCAAGCUGCCGCCAGAUCCCCGCUUCGACCCACCCCGGUGGUGGCGCCCUCCGAAGUCCCUGCUGGCUUCCCUCAGCGACUGUCCCCGCUCUCAGCCGCCUACCACCACCAUCACCCACAGCAACAACAGCAGCAGCAACAACCGCAGCAGCAACAGCCUCCGCCUCCACCCCGGGCUGGCGCCUUGCAGCCCCCGGCCUCCGGGUCGCGGGUGGUCCCUAAUCCCCACCAGAGCGGCUCCGCCCCGGCCCCCUCCAGCAAGGACCUCAAGUUUGGAAUUGACCGCAUUUUGUCUGCAGAAUUUGACCCUAAAGUCAAGGAAGGCAACACACUGAGAGAUCUCACGUCGCUGCUCACCGGCGGGCGGCCCGCGGGGGUGCAUCUUCCCGGCCUGCAGCCCUCCGCCGGCCAGUUCUUCGCGUCUCUAGAUCCCAUUAAUGAGGCCUCUGCCAUCCUGAGUCCCUUAAGCUCGAACCCGAGAAAUUCAGUUCAACAUCAGUUUCAAGACACGUUUCCAGGUCCCUACGCCGUGCUCACGAAGGACACCAUGCCUCAGACGUACAAGAGAAAGCGCUCGUGGUCUCGGGCAGUCUUCUCUAACCUGCAGAGAAAAGGUCUGGAGAAAAGGUUUGAGAUUCAGAAGUACGUGACCAAGCCAGACCGAAAGCAGCUGGCCGCAAUGCUGGGUCUCACGGAUGCGCAGGUGAAAGUGUGGUUCCAGAACCGGCGGAUGAAGUGGCGGCAUUCCAAGGAGGCUCAGGCCCAGAAGGACAAAGACAAGGAGGCGGGCGAGAAGCCGUCGGGCGGAGUCCCGGCUGCUGACGGCGAGCCGGAGGAGCGGAGCCCCAGCCGCUCGGAGGGAGAGGCGGAGAGCGAAAGCAGCGACCCGGAGUCUCUGGAUAUGGCCCCCAGCGACACGGAGAGGACUGAAGGGGCCGAGCGGGCUCUGCACCAAACGACGGUCAUCAAGGCCUCAGCGGCCGGCGCCCUCCUGGCCGCCAGCAGCGGAGGCCCUGGAGGCAGCGGCGGCGGCGGCGGCUUCAACUUCGGCGGCUUGAGUAGCGGCAGCACCGCCAGCGUCGGGAGCUCCGGCAGUCACAGCAGCGGCGGCGCCUCAGAGCUGCUCCCCGCACCCCAGCCUGCCCUCAGCAGCGUCCCCAAAAGCCCCGAGCCCGUCCCGGCGCCCCUUGGCGGCCUCUAG